ACGGUAUCUAUGAACAUGACAUUACCCCAAAUACAAUUUUCCUAAUCUUUUUCAGAGAAUUCAUUUAUUACUAAUUAUUCCGAAUCACCUAUUUCUUCUGUGUGUUAAAUUUCUCUCCACAAAAAUAGCCUGAUAGCAACCAGAAACACUGAAAAACAUAACCAUGGCUCGCUUAACGUUGGUUUCCUCGAUCAUCCUUCUGCUAUGCUGCGCCGCCGCAGCAUCAACUUUCGAGGACUCUAACCCUAUCCAGAUGGUAUCCGAUCGCCUCCGUGGCUUCGAGUCAUCUGUUCUUCGUGUCAUCGGUCAUACACAUCAAGCUAUCUCCUUCGCCCGUUUUGCUUACAAGCAUGGUAAGAGGUACGACAACGCGGAGGAUAUGAGGCUAAGGUUUCAGAUUUUCAAAGACAAUUUAGAUUUAAUCAGAUCCACUAACAAGAAGGGAUUGCCUUACACUCUUGCUGUUAAUCAGUUUGCUGAUUUGACCUGGGAAGAGUUUCAAAAACACAGGUUGGGAGCUGCUCAAAACUGUUCUGCUACCACAAAGGGCAAUCACCAACUCACUGAUGUCAUCCUCCCUGAAUCGAAAGACUGGAGGGAAGUUGGCAUAGUCAGCCCAGUCAAAAAUCAGGGCUCCUGUGGAUCUUGCUGGACAUUCAGUACCACUGGAGCUCUUGAGGCAGCUUACCAUCAGGCAUUUGGAAAAGGAAUCUCUCUUUCUGAGCAGCAGCUUGUGGACUGUGCUGGAGCCUUUAAUAACUUUGGUUGCAAUGGUGGGUUGCCAUCCCAAGCCUUUGAAUAUAUCAAAUAUAAUGGUGGCCUUGACACAGAGGCAGCAUAUCCUUACACUGGAAAAGAUGGUCAAUGCAAAUUCUCUUCUGAAAAUGUUGGUGUCCAAGUCAUUGCCUCCAUCAAUAUUACCUUGGGUGCUGAAGAUGAGUUAAAGCAUGCAGUUGCCAUGGUUCGGCCGGUUAGUGUGGCAUUUGAAGUUGUCGAUGGUUUCCAUCUUUACAAGAGCGGGGUUUACACCAGUGACACAUGUGGCAGCACUUCCAUGGAUGUGAACCAUGCUGUUCUUGCAGUUGGGUAUGGAGUUGAAAAUGGUGUUCCAUAUUGGCUCAUCAAAAACUCAUGGGGAACAGAUUGGGGUAAUGAUGGCUACUUCAAGAUGGAGAUGGGGAAAAACAUGUGUGGUGUGGCAACAUGUGCAUCAUACCCUAUUGUUGCUUGAUCUGGUUGAAGAACAGCCUGUAUUAGGUCGUUGCUUUGUGUUAUACAAGCCGUAUAGUUAUCGUCUACGAAUAUUGUAGUUGUCAAUCUCAAAAGGUGAGGGUCAUGGUCUAGUUGAAGGCGGUGGCUUGAUGUAAAAUAAGGUUCAAGACAUAUAUGAUGCAAAUGUUCAACGCAACAAAGACAAUGUAAAUUUUUAUCGUUGAAUGCUUGUUGUGUUAUAACCUGCCAA